GCCCGACAGCCAGGAAUGAUGCCAGCGCAAGAUGGCAGUGACGGCAUGUAGUUGUAGCGGCUCUGAUUGCUGUCCUCUUGUUCUCGUUGACCUUGCAUCCUUCCUCUCCUCUCCCUUUCCCUCUCUUCGCAAGAACUUGCAAUAGCUCUAUCCCCUGCAAAUGCAUACCUCUGAGAUGAAGAAGCUGUAGGCCAUUGUUGAAGGGGGCAGGAUGGGCUUACCUGGGACACAUUUCACAGUGAUCUUAAUCUUGAGCAGUUGUUUCAUUCCUAUCUUAAGAUCAAAGAAUGUUCUCGUAAGAAUCUUUGCGAGCCUUGUCUUUGUUUGGGCUUUUAUCUGUCCAUUCCUCACUCCCUUGGUGAUACCACUGCACACACAAGAAGACGAGGUUCACUUCAUAUCCUGUCCUGAUGGAUGGCGAAUCAACCUUGCUCGAUACAGACCUGUUGGAUCCUAUGCCGGUGAAAGAAAGCAAUCUACUACUGCACCAGUGAUUCUGUGCCAUGGAGCUUUCGCGAACCGGGUGACCUACGAUCUUGGAGAAGGUUAUCCGUCUCUUGCCACGUAUUUGGCAGAGAAAGGUCACGACGUGUGGGUCCUCGAGCUAAGAGGACAUGGCCGCAGUCACACUAAACCCGGUUGGCUCUAUACGACGCUUUCUCAAGGCAUGAACGAAGGCGGGAGCUGGUCGAUAAUGAAAUACAUUGAAGUCGACCUGCCGGCUGCAGUGCAGUACGUGAGGAAUCACACAGGCGCAAAGAAAGUUCAUUGGGUUGGGCACAGCAUGGGCGGCAUCAUUCUUUACAGUUGGCUGGGCCUGGCUAUGGGCAACACUCAAGACUUCGCGUCAAUAGUGACCCUUGGAAGUGCUCUAGAUCACAGCAUGGAGCGUCAAAACGACAUUGACAAGGGGGUUGAGCCAGGAAACAUGAAUUCGACUUAUCACGUCUUGUAUGUUCCACGGUCGUUGCGGUCACCAGGGAUGGCUCCUUUUGGUUGGGCUUGUGCACUCCUCGCCCCACUUGGGGGCACCUUUCUAGACCUUUUCCUAGGCUUUCAAUAUAGUCCAUCAUCGAUCCGUAGGGAUAUCGCCAGACGACUUCUUGCUCACAACUUCGAAGCAGAACCAUGGCAGGUGGUUUUUGAGAUACACACGGUUUUCAGCAAGAAGUAUGGUAUGCUACAUCCCGUAACAAAAGAGCCUCUGCUUCCUCUUCUCAACCAUUCGCUUCCGGUACCUUUGCUGGCCUUUGCUGGAGCUUGUGAUCAUCAAUUCACACCCGAUGCUGUCAAACGUACAGCCUACCACCUUGCAGCACUGGACGACCAACAGCACGUCAAGAUGAUUGUCCCUGGCGAGGGUACUGAGGUAUGUUACGGGCACUAUGACAUGCUGAUAGGACCGAGGGCUGAGGAGCAUGUCUUUGCACCCCUUGAGAACUGGUUAAACGAGGUUGAUGAAGGGCAACAUUGGUACAGUCAGGACGAUCUACAGGUGACGUGCACGAUAGAAAUGCCUCACGUAGUGAUCACGUAGUGACGUUUUGAAUUUAUUUCAACCGCAUAGAAAUGUGCGAGGAGCAAGAAAGUGAGAGAUUCUC